GUUUACGUCGGGAAUCUUUUUUCCUCGCGAAAAAAGGAAGUUAAUCGGCUCCGUUUCCGGCUGUGAAACCUCUAGCAGGUUGGAAAAGUGAUAAUAAAAAGGCUGAACAGAAAAUCAAGUGUAACAAUCUGCGUUUCGAAGACAACUUUCCAAUUUUUCAACUUCAAAUUGCUUUUUGCGUCAUUGUUCAUUUUUUCCUCUUUCGUGGACACCAGUCGACAUUCGCUGCAAACGUCAAACUCGAAAGCCUCUUGUUGACAAACUCCGCCACACUUCAGCUGUGUGUGUUGUGGGUUGGUUGGUCCACAAAGCAAAGAGGUGGUCCAGAAGCAAGGAGGGAGUUUGGGGUGGAAAAGUGUAAAGUAAUUUUUCUCUUUCGUGUGUGUUUUUUUUUUUCCUGGGUGCAAAAUAAUCCAGUUCUGCUGCUGCUGGCACACUAGUCUAGCCAGGCCCUGUCUCUUUCUCGCGUGGCCCCCUUGUUCCAACCUUAGUGUGUUUACCCAUAAGAAACCAGAAGAGGAGGAAAAAACUCGGAGUGAAUGAUCUAAGAUCUGCCGAAUGGUUCAAUAAUUGAUGCACCAGAACAAGCCUCCCGUGCUGCUGGAUUGCUAGAGUGUUGCGAAAUGUGCCUGUGAAGCAACAAGAAAAUAAAGAACGGAAGAAUCGGAAAGUCACGUAAUUUCCUAUCCGCUGCUGACUCUGCGACCAAUACUGUCCUCGUCGUUUCACCUGUGGAGAGAGAGCGUUCAUUUGCUUGCAGCAGCUGCCCGCGAUAAAAGUGUGUCGAUAUGGCAGACAAUAGCUCCACUGCCGGGGACAAGAGCCCGGAGAAAGUGUCCAGCCCCACGGGAAGUACCAGCUCGGCCGGAGGCAGCUGGUGGGGCUCCUGGCUGGACACGGCCAAAUCCAAGUCGGCCUCGGUGCUGGAAGCGGUCAAGAAUGACCUCACCGAGCUCACGACGGUCGUCAAAACAGAAGCCACCAGUGCCACGGAAGCGCUCGGUCGUUCCCUGAGUCUCACCGAGCCGGACUCCACCGUGGGAGCGAUGAAGAAGAGCUUCAGCAGCUUCCUCGGCCAGGUCACCGAAGCUCUCGUUCCAUCGCUGGAGGAAGACGAAGAAGCGGAAGAGGUGCUCAUCACCGAAGAGGGCGCAGAAACACUGACCGGAUUCUAUCGCCACCUAGCGGAGCUGCAGUCGAUGGACACGACCUAUCUGGAGGAGCCGGCGGACGAGCUGAGCGAAAAGUACAAACGCUGGAUGGAGGUGGUGGAGCAGGAGCAGUUUACCGAGCCGCGAUUGGCACGCCACCUGGCCAGCAGUACCAUCCUGAACGAGCAGUACGUGGCGUUGGUGCCGGCCAAGGUUGCGCACAUGGACUUUUGGAAGAGAUACCUGUUCAAGAAGGCCCUGCUAGAGGACGCCAUCGCCAACGCCGAGCAGGCCGAACGGAAGGCCAAAGCGGCGGUCGCCUCCACCGAGACUGUGACCCCCGCUACCGUAAUCGUCCAGACCGACCAGCCCAAGCGGACCAUCGAGGAAGAGCUCAUCCCGGACGACAUUGCCUGGGCCGAGGUGCCGGAGUUUGACGCCUCGAACAUGGAGCUUUCCGAGGAGGAGCAGGCUCGCCUGCUCGAGGAGUACGAACAGGAAAUUAAGGAACGCGAGAAGGCGAUCGCAUCCGGCCAGAUGGACUCCGUUGACGAAGCCCUGCUCAUCCAGUCGGACAUCGAAAAGACUCCCCAGAAGACGCCGGUGGCCAAGGCCGCCACGAAGGCUGCCAAGGGUUCGCCCAGCUCGGCCGCAACAACGAAGAAAUCAUCGUCCACAAACCAACAACAACCACAAAGUGCUAGCAACAAAACCGCAAACCAAAAAUCGUCCGCGCAGCAAAAGGGAGGAAAUUCGGCGACGAAAAAUGCCGGAAGUAGAACCGGAACGACCGCCACCGCCGCGACAAAUUCCAAGCAAAAGACUCCUGCCAAAAAGCAGCAACCGCAAAAUGAGUUAAAGAUUGAGAAGAACCACUUCACCAAGGACGACGUGUCCUCGUCGAAUUCGGACGAAAGCUGGGAGAAGGAGUUUGAUCUGGAAUGAGGUGGAUGGAGCGCGGUUUCUUUCGGCAUUCUCUAGAAUUACGGCGCAGAAUUGUGAUCGAUUCCUCUCUUUACAAACUGAACAGAACAGAAGCAAAUCUAUAUAUUUCGUAAUGUACUAGCCGUUUUCCUGUUCACAACCCACACAGUCCUUUGAGCGCGCAUUUUAACAAGAAAAAAAAAACGAAGAAUCACAACUGCUCUAAAUUUAACUAGAAACAAAAAAAACUCUUUCUCACUUUCGUUGUUGGAGGGCUGAGCAAAAGAAAAGCGAGUUUGGCAAGGAGAAAAUGAGAGUCUUUACAAAUAAUUUUCCGUUUUGUAAAUUUUAAAACACACGACAACAAAACAACAACAACAACAAACAAUGAAAAUAUCUUAAAUCCAAUUUAAGCUGUUAAUUAUUCGUAGGCAAAAGUGUAAUAACAACUAUGCGUCUUUACUUUAUCCUUUUUUGUUUUAUACAUAUACGAUUAUAAAUAUAUUCAUAUUAUAUUAUAUUUACUUUAACCUCCCCCGCGAUAAAGCAAAUAAAAAAGAAGAAAGAAAACAAUAGAAAACAAUUAUAGAAACAGCAUCGUUUUGAGGGUGUGACAAAAGAGAAGAAAAAAAGUCUCGGGAUGAUCUGCAGCACCUUUUACUGGUGAAGAAACGACGAUGGACUUGGACUCGUGAGUGUUUUCGUCUGAGAUAAAUUAUACUAUACAUAGUAGAGAAUGAUUUUAGUGUAAAAUAAAA